AUGGCCACCAACCCCGCCAAGUUCAACAUCAAUGCCACCUGCGAUACAAUUGACUCUGCCCGCCACAUUGCAAAGUGUGUUUACCCGUUUACAGACAAAGAGAACCGCGCUGUGGCUCGCAACAACAUGACGGAGGCCUUUGCUCGGCACUCGGACGCAGAUGGCCUCAUCAGCCUCGUCGGCAUUUCGAAGGCGAUGAAGGAUACCAUCUACGUCAACGGCGGCGCGUGUGAGCACGGUGCUCUGGUCUCAGGCAUUCUUGCCGAGAGCUUUGACCUCGCUGUCGCCGCUGCCUGCUUCCACGCCGUCUUUGCCGUGCGUUUCCGGAACAACUCGAAGGGCGUACGCAUUGCCGACGGCCGGGUCAAUCGCCAGCGCCGCGAGGAGUGCGAGCGCUUUGAUGCAUCGGGCUUGGUCAAGGCUCAUACUUUUAUCUCCUUGUACAUCGAGCGCAUCUACUCGUCUGCCUCCCGCCGCGUCUACUCCCACACCGAUCGCUCGCCCGCGGGCAAGCUCGAGUUUGAGCUGACCGACUUUUGCUCGCCGGCGGAGAUGAUCAAUGCCGUUACCUUGCUUCGUGCUCCCUUCGCCGACGUCUUUGUUGACGCCGACGUGGUCGUUCUUAGUGAGACCUUCUUCGGCAACGACUCCUACGACGACGGCGAGACCGAUGUUGACCAGGUUGUCGCCAUGGACGAGGUCAAGAUCUUCGAAAAGUCCAUGGACGACAAGAGCAGCGAGUUGAAGUUUGAUCCCUCCUUUGCCGGCUACCUUGUCUUAUCCGACGACGACGACGAGGAUAUUGUUGCCAAAGACAAGGCCCCAAUGGAUGAAGUCAAGAUGUGCGUGGCUGACAACAGCAGCAAACUGGAGCUCGAUGCCACCUUUGUCGACUGGUUUGCCCAUUGUGAGAACGACCGCAUCUUUGACGGCUUUGUGUACAUGUGUGUCGCCGAUCAUGACACAAGGCGCCGCGUGGCCAUCGGGUACUUGGCUGACCUGGAGGCUCGGUUCAAGGCUGACAUUUCGCAAGGCGAGCGCGCAUCGGCCGGUGCCAUUCCGCAGUUUGCGCGGACUAUGGCGUCGCGCAUGGACUUUUUCAACAACGAUCCCUCGGCUGACAAGCUCUCGCACAUCCAGGCCGAGCUCGAGGGCGUGCGCGAGAACAUGCUCGAGAACAUCGACAAGAUCCUUGCUCGCGGCGAGAAGAUCGAGUUGCUCGUCGCCCAGACCGAGGAGCUCAACCAGCAGGCAGCCACCUUCAAGUCCAAGUCGACCAAGCUCAAGCGCCAGAUGUGGUGGCAGGACAAGAAGAUGUCUGUCAUUCUCUGCUUUGUCUUCCUUGCAAUCAUCGCCGUCAUCGUCACUGUCAUCUGCGCCGCCACCGGAUGCGGCUCCAAGAAGUAGCCACCUCCUCGACAAACCAGCAAACCUUCCGCGACACAUCGUUUACUCUCACGAGACAUGUGUCCGCGGCGCCGAGAUCACGAUCUCAAUGUGCCCAACCUCCAGCAGCGGCAGCGCGUAUGACGCAACGGUACAGGCAACAGUGGCAGCCUCAAUGAUCGCGUACGCCAGCUGGUGGAUGCCAAAGAUGUCGAACCAGACGAUGCGCUCAUGGAAGAGGUACAGCAAGACCGAGAGUCCGCAGGCGAGGCCGAGAUUGAGCGCCGAGUACCACGGAUACGACGACGACGGCGGAGCCCAGAUGUAAAAGUACGCCGUAGAUACAAAGUUCUGCCCGAAGGCUGCAGCAAAGUACGCCACCGAUGCUGCC